AAAUGUAGACUUUGCAAUAUUAUUUAAUCUUUUUACAAGAUUUUACAAAAUGCUGAGAUUGAGUUUAUCUGUAGUGUAGCUUAGGUAAAGAAAAAGAGCAAAAGCGCAAACUGAAAUAAUGAAUGCUCAUCUAAUAAGCAUGAAGCAGUACAGAAAUCUGAAUAAACCAACAUGAAUUAGAAUGCAUGAUUCAACCACAGCUGAACCCCACCCUCGUCUCCUCUCCCUUUCUGUUGGUGCCAGGGAUGCUUGAUAGAGAUGCAUUUUGGAGCAGAGCAGUAACACACAGUAAGAAAAAGAAUACAUUGAGAAGAAGACAAGGCUGAGGUUCAUACAGAAUUAAGACUUCACAAGGACGUAACAGGAUGUGCAAAAUAUUUCACAAGUUCAUCAUGGGGCUACGUAACUUCAUGAAGGAGUAUUUUCUUGGUUUUUGGGACUAUGAGACACCAAAGGUAAUGGUGGUUAAAAACAAAACGCUUGGAUUUAUAUACAGAGGCGUUCAAUUUCUUGUGAUCACCUAUUUCAUAUGGUAUGUCUUCAUAAGUCAGAAAGCCUAUCAAGAGAGCGAAACCCGUCCAGAGAGCUCAGUUUACACGCUCAUGAAAGGCACAGCAGUUCAUGGAGACGAUAUCUUGGACACUGUGGAGUAUGCGCGACCCUCAGAGGGUGGUGACGUCAUUAGUACAAUAUUGAGACGAGAAGUUACAUAUGAUCAGAAGCAAGGGACCUGCGCUGAGCAUUUCAACGUUGCCAAUGCUAACUGUACUAGAGACUCUGACUGUGUAAAGGGAGAGGUUGACUUUGAUGGCCAUGGAAGAAGGACCGGCAGAUGUGUUCCUUAUUACAACCACACCUACAAAACCUGCGAGAUCCAAAGCUGGUGUCCUAUUGAGCAAUAUGCUGUUGUGAUAGAACCACCAUUAGUGAAGGCGAUCAAUUUCACAGUGUUCAUCAGAAACUCUAUCCACUUCCCCAGAUUUAAAGUGCUACGGGGAAAUAUCAAAGACGCUCGCAGUAAGCGUGACAUACAAAAAUACCUCAGUAGGUGUCAUUACAAUGAGGAGAAAGAGCCUUAUUGUCCAAACUUCCGCCUGGGUUACAUCGCAGAUCAAGCCGGCGAGGAUUUCAGUGAGCUCUGCAGGACUGGAGGAGUGAUAGGGGUCUUCAUCAACUGGAAGUGUGACCUGGACCUGCAUCCUUCCCACUGUAAACCCACAUACUCCUUCCGUCGCCUUGAUCUCCGGAAGGAUCUGAUCAACUCGGGUUACCAUUACAGGUUUGCCAAAUAUUACAGUAAGGAUGGAGUAGAGUCUCGGACUCUCAUCAAGGCCUACGGUAUCCGCCUGGAUGUCAUAGUUCAAGGACAUAUCACCAAGGAGCCCGCGGUGCCCCCUCCAACAGAGCUCAGCUACAUCAACAGCUUCGGCUCCAACCAUUCAGACUUGUCGGACGGCGUGCCGCUGUAACGUCGCCUCAGUCCGGUUCCUCCAUCAGACUGUAAGCAGUCUGCUGCUGCUGUUAGUGGAACUGAGCGGACCGAAAACCAGUGUCAGAGGAGGCGUCAUCCACCAGGCGGCAGAUCGUCCCAACGUCUCUCCCUGUGCAGUGGAUUCAGCUCAUAUCGUCCCAAACCUCGAUGGACCCCAACAUCAUUACAUUACGUGUCUUUUAGCUGGUGCUUUUAUCCAAAGCGACUUAUAUUACAUUUUAGCACGGGGAGCAAUUAGGGGUCAGGUGUCUUGCUCAGAGACACUUUGACGAGGGACAUGGAGCAUCCUGGUGCACCUUCUCUACUCCAUGCACCACCACCACCGCCCACAUGUGUAACGUUAAUUCUUCCUCAUUCACUUGACAUGACUUGUAGUAACACUAUUUUGAAGAUGUGCUUAUUUUCUAAGUAUAAAUAGGAAGUAAAUUGUUUAAUAGAAGCAAACAUGUGAGUAUUGAUCAACAUUACAAACUAUGCUCCUUUCUAUCAAGUGUAUUGUCGACAUAAAUGGCAAUAAAUGUUUUCUUUCAA